AUGACGUCAAAUACGGAUCAACUGCCAGACUCUGUCGCAAACACAGAGCCGGACCCCAAGCCAGCGCCCAAGCUGUCAGACCACGACUUUAAAAUAUACAAUCAACUCGCCGUCCGGAUGGACUAUUACCACGAAAACUUUCGCCGCACCUGGAACCUCCUCUGGACGUACGCCACCACCGGCCAGCGCUCCCACGGACAGUCCCUCGCGCAGCUCGUCCGCGCCGGCCUCGAGUUUGGCGAGCACCUGACGGUGCACCACGGCAUCGAGGAGCAGCACAUCUUUCCCGAGCUGGCGCGGCGCAUGCCCGCCUUUGACGCGCGCCGCGGCGACCUCGUGCGCCAGCACAAGGCCAUCCACGCAGGGCUCGACGGCCUGCAGGCGUACUUGAAGGGCGUGCGGCGCGGGGACGAGGUGCUCGAGGCGGGCGCGUUGAAGGAGAGGAUGGAGGCAUGGGGGACCGUGCUCUGGACGCAUCUGGACGAUGAGGUCCGGACGCUAGGUGCGGAGAAUAUGGCAAAGUACUGGACAAAGGAGGAGAUAAUGAAGAUGCGGUGGUGA